UCUCGCCACAUGAACCUAUAAAUACUCCAUGAUGAGACGGCAGCUGCAUGCCGUCUGUUCCCAAUCAUCAAGGAAAAGAGACUACAUCGCUAGACAGCACCAUGAAGGCCUUCAGUUUCGCAACCACACUUAUCACCGCAUUCCUCGCCACCAUCGAAGGAACAUCCGCCAUCCCCAAACCCAGGACCAGCCCACUGAGAGAGGAAGCAAGUAGCAAGGGAAUCCUCAUCGGGUCCGGGGCAAUCAACCCAAACUACCUCAAUGAUACUCAAUUUGCGACUGUCCUCGCCGAGCAAUUCGAGAGCCUCUCCCCCGAGAAUGAGCUGAAAUGGUCCUUCAUUCACCCGACCCCAGGACACUACAACUGGGCCCCGAUCGACCGGCUCGUCGACUUCGCGAAGCACAAUGAUAUGGUGGUCAAAGGCCACGGGCUCAUCUCGAGCUGCUGCAACCCGAACUACCUGCGAAACAUCACCGACCCCGGACAGUUCCGUGCUGCCAUGUCCGCUCACUUCGAGGCGAUCAUGCACCGCUACAACGACACGCUGGACCGCUGGGACGUGGUCACUGAGGCCCUCGAAACAAUGGGCGGCGGACUACAGCACAACGACUUCUACAAGGUCCUCGGGCCCAGCUACAUCGAGGAUGCAUUCCGGAUCGCCCGUGCGGCAGGCCCUACCGCCAAACUGUUCAUCAACGAGAACCAAGUCGAGUCACACCCCGGCAAGCGUCAAGAACUCUACGACCUGGUUUCCGGCCUGCUGGAUAACGGCGUCCCUAUCGACGGCGUUGCGCUCCAGAUGCACAUCACAGAGGUCGCGCCCAUCCCCGGCGUCUUGACGGAGAUGGUCGAUUCGUACAAGGCUCUGGGGUUGGAAGUCUCCAUUGCGGAAAUGGAUGUCCAUACGCUGAACGCUACGCUGCAAACGGAUAUUUAUAACGCCGUCAUCAGCGAGGCGCUUGAUGCUGGUAUCACCGACAUCAGCUUCUGGGGGUUUACGGAUAAGCACGCUUAUACUUGGAUCAAGGGCGCGAAGCCUUUGAUGUUUGAUGAGUAUUAUAAUCCGAAGGGGGCAUUUUAUGCUACGCAUACGGCGCUGACGGGUUUCGACAAUAAAUCUUGA